AUGGAUCGGCUGCAGGAGGCAGUUGAUAUGGUGAAAGCAACGAGGGAGAAGGAGCUGGCUGGAGAUAAGGGAGCCGAAGACGAGUAUGCCGAGUCUGAAGUGGACGACCUUCAGUUGGCGUGGGAGAAUCUCGAGCAGUGUCGUAAGUGCCUGCAGCUUUUUUCGGAGGAGGAGAUGCCGUGGGAUCUGGCCAGGCGGUGUCACAGUCGACUUGGUGACUUUUUGCAGCUGCAAGAGCGAUACCCUCAAGCCUGCGAGGAGUUUGAAAAGGCUCUGGAAAUUUGUGAGAAAUGCCACCCAGCUGCGUCGGAAGCGCGGAAGAAAGCCGCGAUAAUGUUGAGGUUGGGUGAAUGCCAACGACAUGCGGAUAAGGAGAAGGGAAAGAAGACUUUAUUAGAAGCUAAAGCGUUGCUGGAAAAUCGUGCACAGGGAGAUGACGAGGCUGAUGAUGUCCUCGCCGCUAUCAAUGAAGCAUUAGAGGAUAGUCGCGAGGGGGAGAGGAAUGAUCAAGUGAAGGUCAUCCAGCAGAUGAUGUCUCCCGCGCCGGCGACUUCUGGCGGAACGGCAUGCUCUCUGGAAGUUUCCACCUCCGCCAAGUUCGACAAAGCGACGCUUGGAUCUUCUUACAAGGUGAGGUAUCGUUCGCUCGCGAUAUAA